AUGAAGAAAAAUGUUGGAGAGCUGUAUUGUGCCACUCAGGAAGCCUUGAUUUGCCAACGGAAAAUUGCCUUGGUGCACACAGAGCUGUCAGCUCCUCUACCAGCAGUCCCAGUUCCCCAGAAGAUGGGAACAGCCACUCGGGGUGUCCACCAGGCUCCAGACUUCAGAGGCCUAUCGCUCCAGCCCCAAAUCAGCUUUGAAGGACAGAAGGAAGAUCAUACCAGCUCCCUGGAUUUGAGGAUGCCCAUCUUUGAGCAGGUUCUAGCCCCAGCCCAAAUUCUGUGGUUAAGUCUCAUUGCAAAUAAAACCUGCCUGCUCUGCAAUGUCACCGGUCCUCCAGCUACGAGCCGGGCGGGAAGACUGGUGAUAAAGGCCUGGAAAGCACACAGGACAUUACGUGACUCUCAGAAAGAAAAACCUUCAGCAAAAAGUCAAUUAAAAUUUCUUGAAGUAAUCAAGCCCUUCUGUGUUAUCCUGCCUGAAAUCCAAAAGCCAGAACGGAAGAUUCAGUUUAAGGAAAAGGUACUAUGGACAGCUAUCACACUCUUCAUCUUUUUAGUAUGCUGCCAGAUUCCCUUGUUUGGUAUCAUGUCAUCAGACUCGGCAGAUCCUUUCUACUGGAUGAGAGUGAUUUUGGCAUCAAAUAGAGGUACGUUGAUGGAGCUGGGUAUUUCACCUAUUGUCACUUCUGGGCUCAUCAUGCAGCUCUUGGCAGGUGCCAAGAUAAUUGAAGUUGGUGACACCCCAAAGGACAGAGCUCUCUUCAACGGAGCACAGAAAUUGUUUGGAAUGAUCAUUACCAUCGGACAGUCUAUUGUCUAUGUAAUGACUGGAAUGUAUGGAGACCCAUCUGAGAUGGGUGCUGGUAUCUGCUUGCUUAUCACAAUUCAGCUUUUUGUUGCUGGAUUGAUAGUUCUGCUGUUGGAUGAGCUCCUACAGAAAGGAUAUGGUCUUGGUUCUGGCAUCUCUCUCUUCAUUGCUACCAAUAUCUGUGAGACUAUUGUGUGGAAGGCAUUCAGCCCCACCACGGUGAACACCGGGCGAGGCAUGGAAUUUGAGGGAGCCAUCAUCGCUCUGUUCCAUCUUCUGGCUACUCGUACAGACAAAGUCAGAGCUCUUCGUGAGGCCUUUUACCGUCAGAAUCUCCCCAACCUGAUGAAUCUGAUUGCCACCAUCUUUGUCUUUGCUAUUGUAAUUUAUUUCCAGGGCUUCAGAGUGGAUCUUCCUAUCAAAUCUGCUCGCUACCGCGGCCAGUACAACACCUACCCUAUCAAGCUCUUCUAUACUUCCAACAUUCCCAUUAUUCUUCAGUCCGCCCUGGUGUCAAACUUGUACGUCAUCUCCCAGAUGCUUUCUGCUCGCUUCAGUGGCAACUUACUGGUUAGCCUGCUGGGCACUUGGUCUGACACGUCAUCUGGAGGCCCUGCUCGUGCUUAUCCAGUUGGUGGACUUUGUUAUUACCUCUCACCUCCAGAGUCCUUUUCUUCAGUGUUAGAAGACCCUGUACAUGCAGUUGUUUAUAUUGUAUUUAUGUUGGGCUCCUGUGCUUUCUUCUCUAAGACAUGGAUUGAAGUCUCUGGCUCCUCUGCCAAAGAUGUUGCCAAACAAUUGAAAGAACAACAAAUGGUAAUGCGAGGCCACAGAGAAACUUCAAUGGUACAUGAACUAAACAGGUACAUCCCUACGGCUGCUGCGUUUGGUGGUCUCUGUAUUGGCGCCCUCUCUGUGUUGGCAGACUUCCUUGGGGCAAUUGGGUCUGGAACUGGAAUUUUGCUCGCUGUCACUAUCAUUUAUCAGUACUUUGAAAUUUUUGUAAAGGAACAGAGUGAAGUUGGCAGUAUGGGAGCUCUUCUUUUCUAAACCGAGCUUCUCAUGGACCCCGGAAAGAGGGGAGGAACACUCUCCAAAUAUAUCCAGUCAGGUGAACAGAAGUAACGUAAACUUGAUAAUGUCAUUCUAUAGGAACACAUAUUUUAAUAAUGUUUCCAAAGCGCAUUCCCUUAUGUUCAAACUUUUCUAGCAUACUGUUUGCAUUUUAUAAAUUGAUGAGGAAAAAUGUGCAAAAAAAAUUUUUUUAAGAAAAUUGUUUUUUAAUUCUGUGUUAGGAGAAUCAGCUUUCUGAAUUGGAUUUAGUUCGAUGACUCUUGAAAUUUUUUUGAGCCCCU